CAUAAUCACAUGUGAUAGGAUCAGUAUUCCCCGACUGCAGCUGAUGAUCAUGGUUGCGACCGGAGCUGUUGGACUCGUACUUGCCAUUCUUUUGAAGUUUGAAUUUGCAUGGACAACAGGAAAUAUCUUCGAUGUGCCAACAGUAGAGACACAUUGUGGCCCUGUAGCAGGGGACAUUAGCAAUGGCGUUUAUACAUUUAAGGGCAUACCGUAUGCAGUUCCCCCUAAAGGAAAGCGUCGGUGGAAAGCUCCCGAGGGUUUAAAUCGGGAGAAUGGAACGUGCUGGAAUGGUACCUAUGAAGCCAAACAGUUCGGGCCUAUGUGUCCCCAGCGUAAUCCAACUGACCAGUCAUAUGCAGGGGAUGAAGACUGUCUGCACCUCAACAUAUUUACACCAACACUAAACCCUGAAGCCGACCUCCCUGUGCUGGUAUGGAUACACGGGGGUUACCUGUUGAUCGGAAGUGCCAAUUGGCCGAAAUAUGGACCCGAUGAGGGCACUUUAAGGGCAAAAUUGAAGAAAUAUGUAAUUGUCACUUUUAACUAUAGGCUUAACAUAUUUGGGUACUUAGCUCUUGAUUUGUUGAGCGCCACAUCUCCGACAAGUCAUUCGGGUAACUAUGGGUUUAUGGAUCAAAUCUUGGUCCUAAAAUGGGUGCAACAAAAUAUAAAGGAAUUUGGAGGAAAUCCUGAUUUGGUUACUGUCUAUGGGCAAAGUAGUGGAGGGACGUCUGUGUUUGCACUGAUGUUGUCUCCAUUGGCUGAUGGUCUAUUCCACAGGGCUUGGUCCAUUGGUGGGUCUCCAGUUAUUAACAAAGAUCUCGCCACGGUGUCUCAAGACAACCUUAAAAUCCUUAACGCAACUGGGUGUACUACAUUACAAUGUCUUCAACAACUUGAUCCUAACAAGUUGGUCCAGGCGAUGGCAGUUCUGUGGAACUUUGAAGUGCAGAUGGUAGAUCUGCCAACUAAAGGGAACUUUCCUGCAGCACUUAUUAUUGCUGAUGGAACAGUUAUCCCCGAUCUGAAUUUCAAGUGGAAAGACGUACCAUUGAUGAUAGGCACAACUGCUCAGGAGAUUGACUUUGAGCCAUUCCCUUUAAACGUAACAACAUGGAACAAACAGCAGUACGAGGACUAUGUUACGAAGAAACUAGACACAUUUAGUGAGAAUAUAACAGCCAAGGCCCUGGAGCUUUAUCCAAUAACCAAUUCCAGCGACCCUAGGUAUCAGUACACUAGUAUGGUAUCUGACAUACUAGUAAACUGCCCCAAUGAUGUACUGGCCAAUAUGGCUUGUGAUUCAAAUAGAACGACGGGUGUAUAUAGAUAUGUUGUAACACAGUUCCCAUCAGUCCCAACAAUAAUCCUCGAAGGGUUUUCAUUUAAAGCGAAGUAUGCGUUCCAUAAUUUUGACAAUAUGGCAUUUUCUGGCCACAUUCCGAAUUACAUUGCAUCACCAACAGCAAGAGACAAACAGUUUGAACGGACCGUGGUGAAAAAUAUUCUUGAAUUUGUAAAAACUGGUUCCCCAAAGUCAAAGAAAUGGAAACCGUGUCCAUUAGGCACCGCAUUGCUAGGGGCCAAAGUGAAGUUUUCGUCCGGUGUACAUGGCUACGCACCAACUAAAUGCAAAUUUUGGAUGGAAAAUAGCUUUUUUGAUUACGCAUGGGUUAAUUAAAUGAUUUAUAUAACUAUCAAGGGCUUAGAAAACAGUAGAAUGAUUUUUUGGGAAAAAAUUCAUCGAUAAUAUUUAUUUUCAUCAAUGAAAUGCAAAUUACGCUUUCGCAAUCUAAUCAAUUAUAAAUUGCUCGACUAAUAAACGGGAGUGAAGGUUUUUGGCCGAUGUUAGGAAUUCCCCAAAACAAAUGUCACAAUGAAUAUCUCAAUAUCAUCCAACACAAAUUGAUGCCGUAAUACACGUAGCCCGCUCUUGUGAGAAAAACCAAUGUAAUAUGACACAAUUUUCCUGACAACGAUGGAUCUAGAGAAACCCCCAAACUGUUCGUGGAUUCCCCAAAUUAUUUCACUUUUAUAUACAAAAUUAGCUCUAACUAGGGCUAAAUGAGCGAUCUAUCAUAUUGCAAUCGAUUCCUUAUAUUAAUACUAAUAAUUUAUAUGAUAAUAUUAGCGUAUAAUGCUUUCAGGAAAUUAGCCCAAAAACGGGAAUUUUAUUGUAAUGAUUAAGGUGAACCUCUCAUUAAAUAAAUAAAAAAUACACUGGAAGAAACGUUCUGAAAACUGCCAAAAGUAGCGGUCAUUGUAGCAGCUCCCACGUCCCACUCCAUCAACAUUUUAUUAAUUUUUGUUUUCCUUACAUGGAAUGAAAGCUGAAUAUCCAAUCCAAAUGUUCAAGUGAAAAUCAAUGUUAUAUAUACACCACGAUAUUUUAACUUCUUGAAGACUGGCCACUUUUAGGAGAAAUGAAAAAAAUGAAAAAAUAAAAUGUAAAUGAAUCUAGAAGCAAGAAAAUGAAGUAAGACACAAUGAGUUAUAUAUCAUUUUGAAGGGCCAGACCCAUACUUUAUGUUUUUUGAAGAAAUGUGUGAAUAUGCAAAUGAGAUGGUGUCAUUGUUAUGUCAUAAUUCAAGAUGGCGCAUUUGGAUUUUUACAAAAUGGAAUUAGUUUAGCAUUUAAUUUGUUAUUGAGAUUUCAAUUUAAAAAUCUGAAAACACAGAAUUAGAGAUCUUUUCAUGCUGAUUUCAGUGGUAUUUGUACCUCCUACAAAUCAAUUUUUAGAGCACCGAGACCUUUAAAUACACGUCUGUAUAACUGUAUGGUUACUCUCUUAUUUGGAAUAAAGAACAUUGUUAUGAGUAUAUCAAUUCUGUGUUAAUCUUGUCUUUUAUACAAUACAUGGCCAAU